AUGGUCUCGACUUGGUUGAUUAACUCUGUAUCCAAGAAGAUAGGUCAGAGCUUGCUCUUUAUGUCUACUGCUGAAUCGAUAUGGAAGAACUUGAUGACUAGGUUUAAGCAAGAUGAUGCACUUAGGAUCUUUGAGAUUGAACAAAGAUUAAGUAACAUUCAGCAGGGAUCUUCUGAUGUGAGCACAUACUACACGGAGUUGGUAACAUUGUGGGAAGAAUACCAAAACUAUGUUGAUCUUCCUCUAUGUACGAGUGGAAAGUGUGAAUGUAAUGCAGCUCUAUCUUGGGAGAAGCUUCAACAACGGAGUCGAGUUACCAAGUUCUUGAUGGGGCUUAAUGUAGCGUAUGAUUCUACAAGAAGACACAUCUUGAUGCUUAAACCAAUCCCUUCCAUUGAAGAAGCUUUCAACAUGGUUGCUCAAGAUGAGAGGCAGAAGUUGCUCAGGCCUUCUUUGAAACCUGAUAGUGUUGUCUUUCAAGCUUCUGCUCAAGCUCAACCGCAGUAUUCAGAAUCGAUAGACAAUGCUUCUUUUGCUGCAGCCGUUGCUUACCGUCAAAAGCAACGUCCUGUUUGUACUCACUGUGGUUUGUCAGGUCACAUUGUUCAGAAAUGCUUUAAGCUGCAUGGUUAUCCACCUGUUCAUAAGCUGUAUCACACCAACUCUUCACGUGGUCACAACUCAGGACAGAGUGGAAAAUAUUCUCGUAGCCAGUCUACUCAGCAACAACCUCAACCUCAUCCUUCUCAGCAUUCUGCUCAAAGAAACAAUGUUGCUCAUAUUCAGAACAAUGUGCUAGCUUCAACUCUCGAUCUUUCUCAGUUCAAUGAAGAUCAGGUUAAUCAGUUGAUUCAACAACUUCAGAAGCAUGUACGUCCUACAGAUUCUGCUGUUAACUUUGCUUCUUUGCAUCCGACUAUCACUGCUCAUGGUGUGAUGCCUGUUAAUUCUACUUCUGUGGAGCUACAACUCAUGUAUGCUCUGAUCUGUCACUUUUUGGUGCUACUUAUCUUGUUACUGGACCAUACUCAGGUCUUGAAGAUUGGUGAAGGUUUUCUUAUUCGCAAUCUUUCCAUAUUGAACGUUGCUGUUACUGCUUCUCUUGCAUUAUGUGGAACAUUACGUACUGAUGAAGAUCUAUGGCAUAUGCAUUUAGGACAUCCUUCUCAAGACAAGUUGAAACUUUUAUAUGGUACUAUUCCUUUGCUUAAGUCUAGUUCUCUUGAGUCAUGUCCUGUAUGCCCUUUAGCUAAACAGAAAAGAUGA